UACUGCAGUUUCCUACAAAUAAUAAUUUAAGUAUUUAUGUUAAUUAUUCACGCUUAUUUUUUAAGUAUACUUUUAACCAUGCCCGUUGACUGCCAAAGAUCCACCUCAGGUGGAAAAGGUAAUAUAGGAAUGUUUAUCAAAAGAGAUCCACAAAUAUGUGCCGCAGGUUUACCUUCAGCUCAGCCAGAUGAUAGUGUACAAGGUUCAUUACAACAUUAUCUGCUCAAAGAUGAGGUUGAUUCCCUUAUGGGCGAUGCUAUAAUACCAGAGAAACCACCUCGACCCAUACCACCACUUCGCCGUCCAAUUCCGCAAGAUAAACGAAACAGUGGCCUAUACGGACAAGUCGCAGAACUAGUAAAUCCUCCAAAAAAAACAAACUUUCAGACUUUAGUUGAUGAUUUCAAAGAAACAGUCUACGAUUCUUAUUGGCAGAAGCCUUUGGGUAAGCCCCGAGAUCCAGUCCCAAUGCUACCUAAUGGCCUCGAUACGGUUAAAACAACAUUCGGAAAGAAAACUGAAUCCCACGGGACGCUGUAUGAUAUAGUGAUGCCAAAAGUACCAAUGGUUGAUAAAUCACCACGAAUGAAGGAAGCAGGUGUCCAACUUGAUCGCGUCUACUGUACACCUGCAUUUAAUCCCAACCUUACUUAUGGUCACAAAACAGUCUCGGAUAAAGGUGGCACUUACGCCAAAUGCUGUCUUACUGAUGAUCGUGUUAUUGGGGGUCAUGCGAAUAAAACUAUUAUAAACACAAUUCAUUCUGACUUCAUAGAUAAAAAUCAAGCAAUUCUUGGUACAACUUUAGCUCCAAACGAUAAUAUAAGCAAUGUACCGGAAGGCUUUUCAUUCGGUAUUUUAAAACCAUCUGACAACUUACCGGAGUGCCUAAUUAAUUGCGAUCUCAAUCCAGCAAAAAAGAUUUUUCUGGAUUGUUUAAAGCAUCUCAAUACGUUGCGUAAGGUCUUAUCAAAGCGAUUUUUACCGAAUUUUUUCAAUCAAUUAUAUUUAAAUAUUAAAUACUGCGAUACCGAAGGAAGAGGUUGGUUGCCUAAAGGCCUCAUCUACGACUUGUGUGCCAAGAAUUUAAUACGGUUUGAUCCAUCAUUGAUUGAACCGUUGCUCUCAAUGUGGCAGGCAUUCGAUGGCGCGAACAUCGAAUAUAAAACCUUCGUUCAUGUCAUAAAUUAUAGAGAACCUACACCAGAGCUUCCAAAGGUUAAAGAUGUACCAGAUGAAUGCUUAGACUUUCGCACUACUUACACAGAAAUGGUUAAACCUGGUCAAGAGAUAGAUAAAAGGAAACUGGCAGGUGUACCUUCUGGAAGAUAUUUUGAUUUAGAUUAUCCAAUAAUUCCAGAGAAUUGUUGUAGAGCUACUAGAACUUGUUUACCUCAAGAGUCAGAUAUGAAAUCUUGUCUUAAUCCAAGUGUCAUGACAUUGUUUCAUGUCAGCCAUAGAGACAUGUAUGCUAAACGAGAACCAGGCUUAGUUAGAAAAGUAUUCGAAGCUGCUGGUGAGAAACUGUCUCAAGAAGAGUUUGACAGUGUGUGGGAGAACGCGAAGAAAUAUCAUUCAGAAGGAUGGGUUAGCUUCGAAACAUUCCGUUCAGCUCUAGAAAUGUUUUACAAAAAUAAAAAUGAUUAACAUUAGGAAAUAGUUUGGCUAAGUACAAAAAUCAUAUAAUAUGUAAAAUUUUAUACUUAUAAUUUAAUAAUAAAUAUCUUAUAUCUAAUACAA